UCUGGACGCGGGCUGGUAUCGCUGGUCUUGGGCCGGAAUGGGUCGCGGCCCAGAAUCAGUGUCUGAACGCGGACUGCAAGGCACGGGCCGAAACAGCGGGCCGCAUGUUGGCUGAAGCGAGCUCGCGGGUACCCGAAGAACCCGAUCCGCGAUCAGCUGCUUUUGUCUUCCUCACCGGAGAAUCUCGACAGACCCUAAUCGCGGAACUCGACUGCCGUCUUCCGUUCGUCCUUGCGGUGCGUCUGUCCCUCUUGUUACGAAGUACCCCGGCGUUGGUUCGCUCCUACCUAAGAACUCACAAAGGUCCGAAGCCUCGCGACGUUUUCGAUUCCUCACCUCAAUCUUUCUGCUCCUCUCCCACAGGUUUUGGCUUACCUGGAGUGGAGAUGAAAGUAAAAAUUUUGAGUGGCAUGCUGUUGCAUCAUGGACUUGGAAUGCUCAAGAUGAAACAUGUGGAAUUUGUAGGAUGGCUUUUGAUGGUUGUUGCCCUGAUUGCAAACUCCCCGGGGAUGAUUGCCCAUUGAUUUGGGGUGCAUGCAACCAUGCUUUCCAUCUUCAUUGCAUCCUUAAAUGGGUGAAUGCACAGACUUCUCAGGCUCAUUGCCCCAUGUGCCGCAGAGAAUGGCAAUUCAAGGGGUGAGAGCAC